GUCUGACUCACACACAUCUGAACAUCAUUGUGCCCUGCGUUUGUUUGAUCUGAGACGGGGGCGAGUCCACACUUCCUCAGUUACACACUGCGCACUGUUUAAUGACCGAAUGCGGCUGAAUGAAUAAGAUGAGAUAGUGAAUAAUACACUGGGAGUUUAAAGGGAGGUUUUGGCUCUGUUGAGCCAUGUGAGAAUGGGUGUGUGUGUGUGUGUGUGUGUGAUAAGAAGCCAUGUUUAACUCAGACAGACAUGCACACAUGGUCUCAUGGGAAUUCGGACAUGUGCACACCCGGAUAUGUGAUAUGAGGACGGCGUCUCAGCUGUCUUUAGAGCUUGAUUCGUCCAAUCAGCCGUGUGGGCAAAGCAUUUUUGUCACAGAGUAGUGAAUUCCACAAGGUUUUGGAAAAGUUCCUUUGAAGUACUGGUCCAUGCUGACAUGACUGCCAGACAUAUUUACUGCAGAUUUAUCAGCUGCGCAUUCAUCCUGAAAAUCUCUCGUUGUACCACAUCCCAAUCGUGCUCACUAUUAGAUUCAGAGCUGGUGACUUGGAGGACCAUCGAAGUACAGUACCCUGAACUCAUGGUUAUGUUCAUGGAACCAGUUUGAGAUGGCUUUGGGACAUGCUUGAAGUAACCAUUAUAAGAUGGUUAGCGACAAUACACAGACAGGCCGUGGCAUUUAAACGAUGCUUUCCCCACACCGUUACACUACCACCACCAGCCUGAAGUGUUGUUACAAGGCAGGUUAGAUCUACAUGGAUUCAUGCUGAAAUCCAUGAAAUGCAGCAGAAAUCGAGAUUCAACAGACCAGGAGAUGUUUUAUUAGUUGUCAACAGUCCAGUUUCAGUGAGCCUGUACCCACUGUAGUCUCAGAUCCUGGUUCCUGGCUUGCAGGAGUGGAAUCUGAUCCAGUUAUCUGCUGUUGUAGCCCAGUUUUGGUUUGAUGAUGUGUGUUCUGAGAUGAUUUUCUGUUCACUGCAGUUGUAAAGAGUGGUUAUUUGAGUCUUCUUUGGAAUUGUACUUUUUUAUGAGCAGAUAAUUUUACUCAAUUCGACCAUUAAAAAAAAAAAUUUUUUUAAAGAAAAGAAACACAACGAGACAUUUUAAGUAAAAAAAAAUAGCCUCGACAUUUAGGUUGGUCGAAUAAAUUUGGUCAAAAAUUUGCAACCGUCUCAAGAUUUAUUCUUUGCUUCAGGUUCAAAACAGACUUCUCGUCUGUCGAAAGUGGUACGAUGAAUAUCCUCAUGGAAAUAAGAUACAGUCACUUUAAAUUAUUAAUGGUUAACGAUUAAAAGGUAACUUUUUUUUUUCAUUGCCAUUCAGUCGUGAUGUCAUGAGGAAUUUUAUGUCACUGGACUUUCAUAAAUUGUGGUUGAAAAGUUAAGAAAAAUGGAUUUGUUUGUAAACAGAGUGUAUUAGAAAUGUGAUAGAUUUCUUCUGUCCUGUACGUCACUCUGACACUGUGGCAUGAGUCGACACUGACGUUAGUGUGUGAGCGUAUGUGUAGAGUUUAGGUCAGUGUGUGCGUGUGUAUGUGAGUGUACAUGCAGGGUUUAGGUCAGUGUGAGUGUUCGUGCAGGGUUUAGGUCAGUGUGUGUGUGUGUGUGUGAGUGUAUAUGUAGGGUUUAGGUCAGUGUGUGUGUGGAUAUACGUGUGAAGCUCUGAGUCUCAAACAACAGCAGGAAAGGGCUCACUCCAUGGCCAUAGGAAAUUACAUCAGCACAAAUCUGCAGCUGCCAGGAAGUGUACAGAAUGAAAAGUGUGUGAAGGAAAUGUCCUGAAGUUUGAAGAAAGUAGGAGGAGGAGGAGAUCAUAUGAGCUUUGAUUCAUCUGAGAACUCCACCAGUCAGUCUCGAGAAUGUUCAUGGAUACGAUUUGUUUACGGUUGAAAGAAUUGAUCGAUCAUCAGGAGCAGCGUUUGCGCUAUCUGAAGCAGCAGGAACCUCAUCAGGGCCCGGCCACGCCCGAAUCGGAGAAGCUGCAGAGGCUAAGGGAGAGAGUGGAGAAUCAGGAGGCCAAGCUGAAGAAGAUCCGUGCCAUGAGGGGGCAAGUGGACUACAGCAAGCUGAUCAACGGAAACCUGUCGGCAGAGAUCGAGCAUGUGAGCAGUCUGUUCCAGGAGAAGCAGGUGGAGCUGCAGCAGGCCGUGAUGAAGGUGGAGCAGCUCACACAGCAGCUGGAGGAACUGAGAAACAAACGCAUUACAGAGUCACAGCCUGCAGGGGGCAGCGCCCUGGAGCUCCACAAACUGUACCAGGAACUGCAGAUGAGGAACAAGCUGAAUCAGGAGCAGAACAGUAAACUCCAGCAGCACAAGGACAUGCUGAAUAAACGCAACCUGGAGGUGAGCAUGAUGGACCGACGCAUCGAGGAGCUGAGAGAGCGUCUCUACAGGAAGAAAGCUGAGUUAGGGCGGAUGAGCGCUCCCUCGUCCCCUCAGUCUGUUCCCAUCACCUCUGGUCGCGUCGCAGCCGUGUUUCCCUACAUCCAAGUUCCCACGGUGACUGGGAGGCAGGACGGAGGCUACCCUUUGACCCCCGACCCGCUUAAACCACACCCGCUUCCUGCCCAAAUCAGCCACACUCGCUCCAGAUCAGACGUCGAUAGAGUGAGGAAGCCUGCGGGACCGUGGAAGGUCUCAGACCUAGACGUCGUAGUGAACCGCGAGGUGACCCUUGACCCCAGAGACCAUCCCACCCCAAACGAUGCAAAUUGGAACAUGGCCUCUCUCAAAGCCCCGGACUGGAAGGAUACGAGGCAGAACCCGGGCAAAAUGGCUGCCGGUGAAAAGGGAUCUCCUAAAGUACUGGGCACUAUAACAACCUUGUCCAAACAUCCGCCCCCAAUCUAUGGCACGUACCCCAGCGUGGGGCAUCACUCCACCGUCUGUGCCACUAACUCUCUGCCCCGCUCAGCACCAGGCACUCUAUCCUGGCACAGAUCCUCCGGUUCCUCAUCGCAGCAGAUCCAGCAGAGGAUCACCGUCCCUCCGAGUCCCACGUCCUCGGCCGGCUCGCCCAUCUUACCCCAGAGCGAGAGAAGUAACGAUGCCCCUCUGGCUGCAGCGGUUCGACCGUUUUAUACGGACCGGGGGUCACGACCUCAGUCACCUCGGAAAGGUCCUGCUACGAUGAACUCCAGCUCUAUCUAUCACGUUUACCUGCAGCAGCCAACGGCCAAAAACUACCAAAGCAGCAGCACCAGAGCUGCAGUCAAAGCAGUCUAUGGAAAGCCAUUGCUGCCGAGCUCAAUCUCCUCGUCCCCUGUUCCCUUCCAGCAUCAAUCCUCCAGAGACGAUUCGGAGCGCGAGUCCGAACCCGAGAUCACCCACAGUCCUCAACCCAGCGUGGAGAACAUCCCUCGGCCCCUGAGCCCCACCAAGCUCACCCCGGCUCACUCGCCCCUGCGCUACCAGAGCGACAUCGACCUGGAGGUGCUGAGGAGGAAGCUCGCCAACGCUCCUCGUCCUCUUAAAAAGCGAAGCUCCAUCACCGAGCCUGAGGGUCCGAACGGUCCGAACAUCCAGAAGCUUCUCUACCAACGCUUCAACACGCUCGCUGGAGGCAUGGAAACGGUCACACCAUUCUUCCAACCAGACACCGCCCUUAAUUUAGCAGGCGAUGUUUCUGAUUCCGUUAAUGGAAAUGUAAUGGCUGCAACUAAAAAAGCCGCCAUAGCGCCAAUGCCACCGCCUGUUUCAGAGCCCGCACCAUCACCAUCACCCGCAUCCGACUCUAACGAGAAUCGACCGGCUCAAACGGCUAAUCGUACAGAAAUUACGGAGACUACAGACACCACCGAUCCUAAAGAAGGUCCCGAGGACAGUCAUAACAACAAUCGGACAUCGUUAGACGAACACGUAGAGUCCACGCCAGAGGAGAAGGAAGACGCGGAGCAGAACACGGUGAAGAGGACGAACCUGAAAAAGCCUGGGUCUGAGAGGACGGGUCACGGUCUCAGAGUGAAGUUUAACCCUCUGGCGCUGCUCCUGGACGCGUCCCUGGAGGGCGAGUUUGACCUGGUGCAAAGGAUCAUAUAUGAGGUGGAGAACCCCAGCACUCCGAAUGAUGAAGGCAUCACGCCGCUGCACAACGCUGUGUGCGCUGGUCAUUAUCACAUCGUGAAGUUCCUGCUGGAUUUCGGCGUGAACAUCAAUGCAGCAGACAGCGACGGAUGGACGCCGCUGCACUGCGCCGCCUCGUGUAACAGCGUACAUUUGUGUAAGCUCCUGGUGGAGUCAGGGGCGGCCAUCUUUGCCACCACUAUCAGUGAUGUGGAGACGGCGGCAGAUAAGUGUGAGGAAAUGGAGAACGGCUACGUGCAGUGCUCGCAGUUUCUCUACGGUGUGCAGGAGAAGUUGGGGGUGAUGAAUAAGGGGACCGUUUACGCUUUGUGGGAUUAUGAAGCUCAGAGUCCAGACGAGCUCUCGUUCCGUGAUGGAGAUGCUUUAACGGUGCUGAAGCGCAGAGACGAGAGUGAGACUGAGUGGUGGUGGGCCAGACUUAAUGACAAGGAGGGCUAUGUUCCACGAAAUCUGCUUGGGUUGUACCCGAGGAUUAAACCUCGACAGCGGUCCCUGGCGUAGCGCCCCCUGAUGGACAGGAGCCCCAGCUGAACAUUUUGCCCCCAUUUUCAUCUUUUAGUGCCACUAAAGAUAAGAGGAGUGUGGCAGCUAGAAACUGAGACUGAAGCUUGGAUUUAUUUAUCUGCCAGAAGAGAUUUGGUGAUCAGAGCUCCGUUUUCAGCCUGCAAAAUGGAUCUUAUUUGGAUCUUUUUUUUUUUUAAAUCCUGUUCCCUUUCACCCACAUGUCUGUCGGGUGAAAACGCACCGGUUUUCCCGUUUCCUUUUGUACUAUUGUGUGUUUGUGGGACGUGAGAGUGAGGACAUUCUGAGACAGCUGAGGAAGAGAGAUUUGUAUAUUUUUGUUGGACAAAGGAAAGACUCGUUGGAUGGAUCGUUGUCUACUGAACGAAAGGAAGGAAGGAGUUAGAAAGUGCAGAGAGGCAGAGAUGUUGAAAUGAGAGCGCAGAGGAAAUGUUGAAGAGUGGUAUAAGAGAUGAAAAGUAGUAUGUUAAAUAAGUGAUGGUGGCAGUCAAGUCGUGAAAAAUGGUAUAAGUCUGCGUUUUCCAUCCAGGAGGAAAAAUAAAGGCCGCGCACACCUGCAUUUCUACGUUAAAGCCAAAUGUACACGAACAGCCGAGACGUGUUCGGCCACGAGGCUAAUGAGCCUCCAGUUUUGCAUAUCAUCUCACGUGCUCCACAAAAGUCAUUGUUCUGUUUUUAAAAAUAACAGAACGAAUCCGUUACAUAUGCAGUUAAACUGAUGGCCUUGUAGCUCAAGUGAAAAAAACGAAUGAAGCAAAUCCCAGACACCGACUGCGUCUCAGUAGAUUGUCUACGUUUGGUGUUAAUAAAAUGUCAUUUAGCCUGAAUUGUUUCGUAUGCUGUAUUGAUCUCCUGUUUGUUUUUAAAAGCUCUUUAUAACGCAGACGCGAUGAAAUGCUUUAAGGGUUCUUGUGUAUGGGUGAUGUAUUUGGGAGCGAAUAAUAAUCAUAACAACAACAACAAUAAUAAUAAUAAUAAUAAUAAUAAUAAUAAUAAUAAUAAUAAUAAUAAUGCAGUGUAACAGGCCUGAUUCGGCAUCUGCAACAUCAUUCAUGCUACAUGCCAUGUAAAUGUGCACAAUAAAGACGUUCUCACAUUGGGAA